AUGACUGUUAGGCAGCAGCCAGUGACGCAGCGAAAACACAAACCGCCCAGCCUGUGUCAGACCGUCCGACAGUUUUUUGAGGGCAACACCACCGCCCGUUACAGCCAUCCUGCAGUGGUCCAGCCAGCUGUCAGCAGCCAGCAGUCAGCAGAGGUCCCAGCCAGCAGCGGUUCCUGCCAGCACCCAGCAACGGUUCCUGGCAGCAGUCAGCAGCAGUUCCUGCCAGCAGCCAGCAUCCAGCGGCGGUCCCAGCCAGUGUCCAGCGGCGGUCCCACCCAGCGUCGAGCGGCGGUCCCAGCCAGCGUCCAGCAGCCAGCCAGCGUCCAGCAGCCAGCCAGCGUCCAGCAGCCAGCCAGCGUCCAGCAGCCAGCCAGCGUCCAGCAGCCAGCCAGCGUCAAGCAGCCAGCCAGCGUCCAGCAGCCAGCCAGCAACCAGCAGCCAGCCAGCGUCCAGCAGCCAGCCAGCGUCCAGCAGCCAGCCAGUGCCCAGCAGCCAGCAGCGGUCCCAGCCAGCAGCGAUCCCAGCCAGCAGCAGCAGCAGCGUCCCCACCGGCCGACCAGCCAGGUCGCCUCCCCCGCCAGCAGCAGCAGAGUGGGACUUCAACCCCAUCGGGAGACGCAGCAGGAAGACAGGAAGCUGCUCCGUCACACAAGUGUCAACAAUGUCGUCACGCGGCGUUCUGGAGUGGGCGCAAGCAGGCGGGCUGCAGCGGCGGGCCACGCCGUUCCUCAGCGUGCGCUGCAGUCGCCGACGCAGCGGCAGCUCGCCACUGGCCUAAUUAUAGCAGCCGUCUGUCACUGA